UCUCUCCCUCUCUAUCUCGCUCUCUCUCUGUCUCAAACAUACACACAGGCUCUCUCUCUCAGUCGGCGGCUGGAUGUGUGUUGGACAGAGCUCUGAGGCAGGAGGAAGAGGCUGAGAGCAGCGACGUGGAGGAGGAGAAGGAGGAGGACAACAAUGAUGAGUGGCAUUUGAUCGGAAUUAUAACUCCAGUACAGCCUCUGGUUUCUGGGUUAAAGGAGCUUCCUGAUUAAUGAGGAACUGAGCUCCAUGUGUUUAAAAGACCAGACCACUUUCUGUCCUUGAAGAGUCCAGUUCAGCUCGGGCUCAGAUUCAGAUUCUGGUUUUAGAAGAGAAAGCUUUGGUUUUUAAACUGAAUCUGGAAUUUUUCCUUUUUCCUCUGAACGCUGCAGAUGCAGUUUCUCUGCUCUUUCUCAGUUUGAAGCCGCAGAACAGAUGAAAAUUCUCGGCAGCCAGAUGUCAGCGUGACCCAAUAGAAAGCGAGGACAGCCGUAUGCCAGACUUUAUGCAACAGACAUGAAGAACCUGGACCAGUACGGACGAAGUCACAUGGAGACUCACAUGGUUGAGGCCAGGCAGAAGAUUCCUCCUUCACACAAUAUCUAUGCAGCAGUGUCCAGCCUGGUGUUGGUUCUACUUGGCCUGUUGGGUUCGGCCCACAGUUGUCCUGGUGUUUGCACCUGCUACGGUAACACCACUGACUGCUCCGCCAUCGGCCUCCUCUCUCUGACCCCCAUCCUCUCGCUGCUGGACCAAGACUCUCUGGUACUCCGCCUACCCCAGAACAACCUCUCCUCUUUGGGCAAGACAGGGCUGUCCAACCUCAGCAGCCUGGAGCUCCUGGAUCUUUCCCAGAACCACCUUUCCUCCCUGCAGCCUGGAGCUUUCUCAAGCUUGAGCGGCCUUCGCUGGCUCAACCUCUCCACCAACUACCUCGGCAAAGGCCUGGUGUCAUCUGACCCCAACAAGAGCACAGAGGCCACACAGGGUUUGAAAGGAAGCCAGGGUGGUGUGGGCUUGAGCAAGGAGGUUUUCAAGGGGCUGUGGCGGUUGCGAGGUCUCGACCUGUCCUCCAAUGGCCUCCUUUGGCUGCCUAAAGGCCUACUGAAUGGGUUUCAGAGACUAACCUGGCUGUCCCUUGCCAGAAACCAGCUUGUGGCCCUCGACAGAGUCACCUUUGAGCCCGUGGUGGGUCUGCAGCAGCUCCAGCUGGCAGGAAACCCCUGGGAGUGCGACUGCAAGCUGAGGGACUUCAAGCACUGGAUGGAGUGGUUCAUUUUUAGGGAUGGUCAGGUAGAUGGCAUGCAGUGCAAUCUUCCAGGGGAUUUGAAGGGCAGGGACAUCCGCAGCGUGCCAGCAGAGAUGUUCAGCUACUGCCUGAAGAGUCCAACAAAGGAGGGCGGGUCAGGUUAUGCCACCCGGCCUGCCUGCCCACCCGGCCGGAUCAGCAGUCAUGAGGAAUGUGUUCGGCAGCGUUACCGGCCUGUAAGUGUGCGCCGGGCACACGGCACACAAAUUGUUGCAGGAGUGGUUUGCGGUACGGUGUGUGUCAUGAUGGUGGUUGCGGCGACCUAUGGCUGCAUCUAUGCCUCGCUGAUGGCGAGAUACCAGAGGGAGAUGAAGAGCCGUGGGCAGCCUCUGAUGGCCGAGUGUGGAGCUGAGACUGACCUGGAGGAUGGACAAAUAUCCCCCCUGAGCUCGCCCGAGGAGAUAGCACCCAAAGACGGCUAUGGCAUUGUGCACGGGUAUCGAAUCAGCAGCUUUUGAUAUAGUUCCCAUCACUGAUGAGACGAUGACAGGAGAGAGAAACCUUGCAGCUCUGCGAUUGUGCUGAAAAUCGGUGGGUGGGACCGAUUGUUACACUAAUGGACCAGACUAGAUUCAGUGAAACUGGAAUGUUGCAGCACCUCCUUUAAUGUAUGGAUGCUCUGUGAAUUGUUAUUCCCAAUGCUGCAUCUCUCAAAGAGCUCGAAACUCUUCUCAAGCUGCUGUUUUGCACUUCUGAACCUUAUCUUCAUCUAUGUUUUUGUUUCUUUCUUAGGAGUAUGAAACAAAAAUUUUUGUUUGAACCGUCUCUCUGUAUCUGAGCCCGACAAGCACAAGUCCAAAAAGUUCAGUACAAAUGUCUGUGAAGCCCUGAAAUGAAUCCUCAAUUAGUUGAGUUUAUUUUAAGUUUGUUAACAUCACCCAUUUAAAAAGUCAUUGUUUGUACCUCUGAUAGGUGGAUACCCUGUGGAACACUUAACUUUACAGUUUAUCAGAAUCCUGCUGCUGUUUAAGAGAUGCUGCUCUGAACACCACCUCUGAGAUUAACUUCAUCCCAACAGACACUGGAGCUGUACUGCCUCCUAGUGGGCAAACCUUGAGCUACAACUGUUUGGAAUUCAGCACACACAAACUCACAAGCCGAAUGACUCCAACAGUUGUAUUCCCACCACAGCAAAUUAUGAGACCCUGGCGGAGAAUAUCUGAGAAUGUCCGCCCACAUAUAUGCUGUAAUUUAUGUGUCAUUUAGUUUGUCCAUAUUUUCUGUGAUAGUUCAGAUUUAACUCAAGGACUGUUAAUGAAGUUG